AUGUCAAAAUGCGAGUUUUGGAUGCAAGAAGUGAAAUUCUUAGGACAUGUUAUAUCAUCUCAAGGCAUAGCAGUGGAUCCAACAAAAGUUGAAGUAGUGUUGCAGUGGGAAAGACCGAAGACUAUAACAGAAAUAAGGAGUUUUGUGGGAUUAGCUGGCUACUAUAAAAGGUUUAUAGAGAGUUUCUCUAGAAUAGUAGCGCCUUUAACACAACUAACUCGUAAAGAUCAACCUUUUGUCUGGACGGAUAAAUGUGAGAAGAGUUUUUUGGAGCUGAAGCAAAAGCUAACUAGUGCACCGGUUUUGGUAAUCCCUGAACCAAGUAAAAAGUUUGAAGUUUAUUGUGAUGCUUCUCAUCAGGGAUUAGGUUGUGUGCUCAUGCAAGAAAUAAGAGUGGUGGCAUAUGCUUCAAGACAAUUAAAGACUCAUGAGAAGAACUAUCCUACUCAUGAUUUGGAAUAG